AGUUGAAUCCCUGCCCUAAAAGUAAAAACUCGUGGCUUUUUUGUGUGUAACAAUUUGCCUACCAUAGAACGUGUAGCAUUAAAACCUAAUUUAGACCAAACGGAAAAAGGGUUUGUUGCCCCUUAAACCUCCAACAACCACCACAUACAGCGCCUAUUGUUUCACCGGAGAUGGAAGCCGACCUCCAACUUCUGCCGCAAUCUUCUACCACCACCGCCACCAAUCAUGAAGAAGUCCGAAAGCCAACUCCGCGUCAACCAAAGCGUUUCAUAAAGAACCAAAUCCCUGACUCCAUCAUCAACGACCCGGCUCUCAACGCCGCCAUAGCUCUCCUCCCCUCCAACUACAGCUUCGAAAUCCACAAAUCCGUCUGGCGUAUCCGCUCCACUGGUGCUAAACGCGUCGCUCUUCAGUUCCCUGAAGGUCUCCUCAUGUACUCCUUAGUCAUCUCCGACAUCAUCGCCGCCUUCGCCGACGUCGAACGGUGCUUCGUCCUCGGUGACGUUACUUACGGUGCUUGCUGCGUCGACGACCUUUCCGCGGCAGCUCUCGACGCCGAUCUACUCAUCCAUUACGGCCAUAGCUGCCUUGUUCCCGUAGAUAACACCGUCAUCCCCUGCCUCUACGUCUUCGUCGAUAUCAAAAUCGACGUUGAGCGGCUAAUCAACACCGUGAAGCUAAAUUUUGAUCCGUCAAUCGCUACGAAGCAGCUUAUCCUCGCCGGUACGAUUCAGUUUGCAACCGCGAUUCGAUCUGCUAAACUUGAAUUGGAAAACGCAGGGUUUAAGGUUUUGAUUCCUCAAUCGAAGCCGCUAUCAGCCGGUGAAGUUCUCGGUUGCACUGCUCCGACUAUUCCAAUGAGUCAAUUCAAAAACGAAAGUGACGUAGUUCUGGUGUUUGUAGCUGAUGGGAGGUUUCAUUUAGAAGCAUUCAUGAUCGCAAACCCUAAAAUCAAGGCUUUUCGCUACGAUCCUUACAUCGGAUCCUUGUUCUUAGAAGAGUACGAUCACAAGGGGAUGAAAGAGUGCAGAAUGAACGCAAUAUUAAAAGCUCGAGAGGCCAAAAACUGGGGGAUUGUGUUGGGUACUUUAGGAAGACAAGGGAACCCUAGAAUACUCGAUAGGUUAGAGAAGAAGAUGAGAGAAAAGGGCUUUUCAUGGACGAUUGUAUUGAUGUCAGAGCUAUCUCCCGCUAGAAUUUCUUUGUUUGGUGAUUCAGUUGAUGCUUGGAUCCAGAUUGCAUGCCCUAGGUUGUCAAUUGAUUGGGGGGAUGCGUUUGUGAAGCCAUUGUUGACCUCAUUUGAAGCUGAGAUUGCACUUGGUGAUUACCCUGGUUGGUGGGAGAGAAAAGCUGUUGUUAUAGAUGGUUCUAACUCAAAUUGCUGUGAAAAGAAUGAAGCUUGUUGUGGGAACAACAAUGGCAGUGAUUAUCCGAUGGAUUAUUAUUCUCAGGAUGGAGGAGAGUGGAACUCAUGUUAUCAGAAGAAGCCAACUCGGCCUUUAAGAAGAAAUAGUGUUUUGAAAUGAUAAGUUAUCAGAGUUUCUUGAAUUCAUUCACAUAAAUGAACAGUAAAAGCUGAGGAAGCUUAAUACACACAAGAGAUUCUUGAAGUGAAUCCUCUUCAACUAUCUGCAAUUUUUUGAGGUGGGUCCUUUGUUAAUUGUUUCUAUAUCUUUGAUUCAGUGUAGUCUUUUGAUAUUUGUUCCAUAUCUAUCCAAUGUUCUUGUUUUUUGAUCUGGAGUUGCUACCAAGAUUUUGAAUAUUGAUGAAUAAUAGUUGAAUACUAACGCAUUAAGAUCAAACCAAAUCAGUGAUUUUGAGACAUGCAUUGAUUACUUGUAUUUCUUGCUUUAAGAUUUGUAUCAAACUAGUUUUGUAUGUUUGUAAUAUUUUGUAAAUUAGUUUUGUAUGAUUUUUAUUAGUUUAUGUUUA